UAACCGCUUAUGCUCUGCCACUCCCGUCUAAUGUUCCUAACUCUUCGUUUAGAUUUUCUAAACCUUACUGCGAAGACUGUGCGAUGGUCAGCGUGCACUGAUCGACACACAUAAAACAAAACAAACCCAAAACCGUGCUUAUGGAAGACUUACUCGGCUACCAGUGAUCGCCAAAGAAAAAGAAGCUUGAGACUCCAGAUCUCCGCUUCUCGAGGAGAGAAGCAGAAGUGCUGGUGGAAAUGGGGAGAGAGAAAGGGAGAGUGAGCGCGCGCUCCCGUCUGGCUGGCUGGACACGCCCUUCGUUUGGCAGGAGCCGGUCACUUUUUGCGCCGGUAACCAGGCGAGGCACCUCAGUGCGCUCGGCGCGCUUGGGCAGAGAAGAGCGACGAGUUGGCGCCGGGGGCCGAGCCUCUCCAAGGCGCCGUCGAGGCCAUGUUCCCGUGCCUGUACACGGCGCUGGCGGGUCUGCUGCUGCUGCCGCUGCUGGUGAACCUGGCGUGCCCUUACCUCUUCCAGGACUUGGGCUUUUUCCUGCGGCUGGUGCGCGUGGCGCAGCGGGCGCGCCGCUCCGCCUCGCGCGUCCCGCCGCGGACGCUGCUGGAGGUCUUCAGGCAGCGGGCGCGCCAGGCGCCCCAAAAGCCCAUGCUGCUCUUCCGAGACGAGGUGUACACCUACGAGCAGGUGGAGCGGCGAAGCAACCAGGUGGCGAGGGCGCUGAGGGAGCACGCAGGGCUGCAGCAGGGCGAUGCCGUGGCGCUCUUCCUGGGCAACGAGCCCGCCUACGUGUGGCUGUGGCUGGGCUGCGCCAAGCUGGGCUGCGCCAUGGCCUGCCUCAACUGCAACAUCAGGGCCAGGUCCUUGGUGCAUUGCUUCCAGUGCAGCGGCGCCAAGGUGCUGCUGGCCGACCCAGAAUUAGCAUCAGCCAUUGAAGAAGUGCUUCCAGUCCUGAAGGAAGAGAAUGUGUCUGUCUUUUACUUAAGUAGGACCUCCGAGACAGAGGGGAUCGACAGUUUCAUUGACAAAAUGGAUGCUGCUUCAGAUGAGCCUAUUCCAGUGUCCUGGAGAUCAAAUGUCACUUUUAAAAGUCCUGCCCUGUACAUAUAUACCUCUGGGACUACAGGUCUCCCGAAAGCUGCGUUGGUCACCCAUGAACGCACAUUAUUAGCCUGUGGUCUGAUUAUUGCCAGCGGUGUUACUUCCGCAGAUGUUAUCUAUACCGCUCUGCCGCUCUAUCACAGCGCUGCCCUUUUAAUUGGGGUACACGGCUGCAUCCUGCAAGGUGCCACUCUCGCAUUACGUUCAAAAUUUUCAGCUACGCAGUUUUGGGAUGACUGCAGAAAAUACAACGUAACUGUCAUACAGUACAUCGGAGAGGUGCUUCGUUAUUUAUGCAAUGUGCCCCAGAAAGACAAUGAUCGCAACCAUAGGGUAAGAAUUGCCCUGGGUAAUGGCUUAAGGGCUGACGUUUGGAAGGAAUUCAUCCGGAGGUUUGGAAACAUACGCAUUUUUGAGUUUUACGCAGCCACGGAAGGCAAUGUAGGCUUUGUGAACUAUACUGGGAAAAUCGGAGCUGUGGGAAGAUUAAAUUAUUUGCAUAAGAAAAUAAUGCGCUAUGACCUGAUUAAAUAUGAUGUAGAGAAAGAUGAACCUUUCCGAAAUGAAGAUGGCUACUGUAUAAAAGUUCCUAAAGGUGAAGUGGGACUGUUAGUUUGUAAAAUAACACAGUUUGCACCAUUUAGUGGAUAUGUGGGAGCCAAGAGCCAGACUGAAAAGAAAAAGCUAAAAGAUGUGUUCCAGAAAGGGGAUCUAUAUUUCAACAGCGGUGAUCUUUUAAUGAUUGACCGUAACAACUUCAUUUAUUUCCAUGACCGAGUUGGAGACACAUUCCGAUGGAAAGGAGAAAAUGUUGCUACAACUGAAGUUGCAGAUAUUCUGGGACUGAUCAACUUUAUUCAGGAGGCAAAUGUAUAUGGCGUGCCUGUUCCAGGUCACGAGGGCAGGAUAGGGAUGGCAUCCGUACGCUUAACAGACGGCUGUGAAUUUGAUGGGGAACGACUCUACAAACACGUUGUAGACUACCUGCCUGCUUAUGCAAGGCCUCGUUUUGUUAGGAUCCAGGAUGCCAUUGAGGUCACAGGAACAUUCAAACACCGGAAGGUGCAGUUAGCCCAAGAAGGAUUUGACCCAGCCUCUAUCAAAGACACCCUGUAUUUCCUGAAUGACAAAGAAAAGACAUACGUACCCCUAACAGAGGACAUUUAUAAUUCAAUAUGUAGCAACCAACUGAAACUAUAACGCGCCCAAAGCUGUGGUUGGUGGUGUUUGUAAAAGAAGCAAGAAUCGUUUUUUAUAUAAUGGUAGAAAGUUACCAAAAUUGAUUUGAAAGUGAUUGCAUGUUUGUAUCUAGAAUCUAGUGGGUAGUUCUCUAGACCAGGUGGCUGGGAGGUCCCCUGCUCUUAAUGGGGUUACACUUCCCCUGAAGGAGCAGGUUCGCAGCUUAGGGGUAUUCCUGGAUCAUUUGUUGUCGCUCGAGGCUCAGGUGGCUUCUAUCAGCUUCGGCCGGUGACCCAACUGCGCCCCUACCUGGACAGGGAUAGCCUAACUACUGUUGUCUAUGCUCUGGUAACUUCAAGGUUAGAUUACUGCAAUGCAUUAUACGUAGGGCUGCCUCUGAAGAUGGUUAGGAAACUUCAGCUAGUGCAGAAUUCAGCUGGCAGGUUGAUCACCGGAGCAAGAUGGUUUGUGCAUAGUACACCGAUCCUGGUCCGACUGCACUGGCUACCAAUUAGUUUCUGGGCCCAAUUCAAAGUGCUGGUUUUGACCUAUAAAGCCUUAAAUGGCUCAGGACCACAAUACCUCAAGGACCGCCUCUUUCCAUAUGAACCUACCCAGACCCCGAGAUCAUCUUCUGAGGCCCUUCUUCAUGUGCCGCCUCCUUGAGAGGUCCAGAGGGUGGCAACACGAGAACGGGGCCUUCUCUGCAGUGGCUCCCCAUCUGUGGAAUGCUCUCCCCAGGGAAAUUCGCCUGGCGCCUUCAUUUUAUACCUUUAGGCACCAGGCAAAAACUUUCCUUUAAACCAGGCCUUUGGUUGACCUGAUUGACAUCCUAUACUUUUUUUUUAAAUGUAGCUUGGGGGGGCAUGUUAUUGGGUUAUUCUUAUUUUGAUUUUAUAUAUUGUGAUCUUUUCUGUGAACCACCCUGAGACCUGCGAGUAUAGGGCGGUAUAUAAAUUCAAAUAAAUAACUAAAUAGAAUUUUAAAUGCCAUUACAUUCUUUGUUUAACAGAUAUUUUAGGGGUGAUGGUGAAGUUGUUUUACAACUCUGCCUCCACAGUUCUAGGCAGUAUGCUUCCGAAUGCCAGUUGUAGUGGUACCUUGGUUUAAGUACACAAUUGGUUCUGGAAGUCUGUACUUAACCUGAAGCGUACUUAACCUGAGGCAAACUUUCCCAUUGAAAGUACAGUCAUACCUCAGUUUAAGUACACUUCGGUUUGAGUACUUUCAGUUUAAGUACUCUGCGGACCCGUCUGGAACAGAUUAAUCCACUUUCCAUUACUUUCGAUGGGAAAGUUCGCUUCAGGUUAAGUACGCUUCAGGUUAAGUACGGAUUUCCAGAACCAAUUACACUCAUACUUCGGGUUAAGUAUGCUUCAGGUUGAGUAUUCCGUGAACCCGUCUGGAACGGAUUAAUCCACUUUCCAUUACUUUCAAUGGGAAAGUUCGCUUCAGGUUAAGUACGCUUCAGGUUAAGUACAGACUUCCGGAACCAAUUGUGUACUUAAACCGAGGUACCACUGUAAUGGAAAGUGGAUUAAUCUGUUCCAGACAGGUCCGCGGAAUACUCCACCUGAAGUGUACUUAACCCGAAGUAUGAGUGUAAUUGGUUCUGGAAGUCCGUAAUUAACCUGAAGUGCACUUAACCUGAAGCGAACUUUCCCAUUGAAAGUAAUGGAAAGUGGAUUAAUCCAUUCCAGACAGGUCCGCGGAGUACUUAAACUGAAAAUACUCAAACCGAGGCGUACUUAAAACGAGGUAUGACUGUACUGGGAAUCACAAGGCGAGAGAGUCCUGUUCCACUCAGAUCCCGCCUGUGGGUUGCUUAUCAGUAUCUGGUUGGUCACUGUGAGAACAGGAUGCUGGGCUAUAGAGGGCCUGAGGUUCUUUUCCCCUUUCAUAGGAGUUCCUGUAUUCUUGUUUUACAUGUACAUUCCUUUUAGCACUAAAAUCUCCAUGGCCUGCAUAUGAGUUCCCGCCAUGUGGCUUAUUGAGUACUGAAUGAACAUCUCCAUUAUCCCUGUGUAGACAGGCCUAGUGGUCGCUGAAAAUCAAAAAUGGUCCUGGAGCAAUUGAAUUAACCUCCGGACCACCUUGACCUAUUCAACCCUUUUCGAGAUUGCCCAAUCAUUGGGACAAUGUCCCCACAUUUCAGGAUAUCCUUGUUCUAUAAAGUAGAUACGUCUAACUCAGCAACGAUGUAACAUGUGUAAAAUAUUUGUUCCAUAAAUUACCAUUUCGCAAAACAGAUCCCACGAGUUUCAAGUAUAACUUAUUGCUGGCUGUUGGUUUGUGGUGUUUUUCCAAAAGAAAGAAGAACAUGGUUUCCUUGACAGCAUCUGUCGUUGCAACAUUUGUUGGUGCUAUUCCUUCUUCUGAAACUAAAAAAGGCUGAGGACAGCUGACAACUUUUCAUCCUAGCAAAGGUUUUUGUGCAUCAAAAAGAAAGAAGUCCUGCAGAUUCAGUGUUUCCUGGCCUGAAAAUACCAGGAGGAAAAUGAUAUCUGUUGACACUGUAAUCAACUAAAAACUUUGGCAGGAUUUGAGUAACGUUUGUAAUGUACUGUGGGUCAUUUUAGAACAAAAUAGAGGAAAAUAUGUGAUGCAAUUGAAAAAGAUUGAAAAUGGAAACCAUGGAAGGGUGGAGGGGAGUCUAAGGGUUCAGGGAAUCCCAAAUGCGGAUGGUGAUGUCUAAUGUUUGAAUUUAAAUGUGUAGCGUAAAACUGAAUAAAAAAGAUUGUGCAAAAAAAACCAACCCCAAUUCUCAAGGGGCAGUUUUGAACUGAUGUCCUCUAGUUGCUGACCCCCUUUUGUAUGACAGCUUACCAACCCACAAUGGGAAAACUCCAUUGAGUAAUAUAUGGAAGUUUCAUCUGCAAUGAAACAUGAAAUGCCAGGCACAAUGCUAAAUAGUUUUAUUUCUCUUUUAAACUUAUUAAAUAUACAGGCUUUAAAAA